CCACCAGCCACCGUGAUUACCCCUAAAGUCUACCCCUAGGUGGCGCGUAUCGUUAUUUCUGCAACUAUAAACAACAAUCUCCACUUGUAUCAAUAAUGCCUUCGGCAUGGAAUUUGCAUACCGAUCAGGAUCACAAAAGUAGCUUGACUGGGUUUGAAUAAGUCCUGAAAGAAGAUAGCUGGGAAUAAACUUGUCGGGAAUAAACGUAAACGAUAGGGCCAUCCGCCGCGUGCAUGAGCUGGAAAUUUGGACUUGCUUGUUCUAUGCAUCUGAGCAAAGUGAAUGUGUAUUGGUGAUACCCUUGCCACUUACACUUUUACCAUUUGGCAGUGAUCAGUGGAUGGAUUUCAGUGAUGUUGUUGCAUACCUCCUGGCUUCUGUAUCCAUCGUGCUGGCAGUUCGUGUUCCUAGUGUUAAUAUCCCUUCUAGAGAUUUGAGGGGUCAGGUUUCGGUUUAAUCGCCGUUUUUCUACGAAAUCUAAUUGUAAUAAUCGCCAUACGUCAACGCUGUUUAUAUUACCGAGUCGCGGCAGCGCAAAGUCAAAUGGGCGGUCAGGCGAUUUCGUCCAACAUUCGAAAGUUCUUAUAGGAUGCAGAACCGAAGCUGAAAACUGCAGGAUUAACCCUACCUCCCACAUAAUCCGAAUGCUACGAUUGUAAAACAGUUGAUAUUACCUAACGAAUUCCUGUAAAAUGGCUCGACGACGGAAAAACGAGUCAAAGCCAGCAGCCAAGGCGACCGAAAAACCCGCUGGUGUACGAAAAUCGCGGCGUCAAAUAGCCAAAAAACAACAAGAUAAAAGAGUCAAUGGCGAAAUCGUGACGCAGAUCGCGACGGUCAAUGAUUCCGAAGAACUAGGAGGUGGAAAAGAAUCUGACGGGAAUUCGAACCGAUCAACUGAAACUGACGAUCGUACUGUUGUGCACAAGAAAUUUGGCAAGUAUAGAUGCCACGUGCCGGAAGGGAAACAAACUCCGCCAACGAACGUAGCCAAUCGAGCAAAAAAGGAUGCAGAGGCCAGCGAUAGUCAAGAUGUCACUAAGACAAUGGUAUCUGCUCCAUUGGAAGAGCAGGUCAAGUAUAAUAAGGAGGUUGUGGAAGAAACUGGGAAUAUUAUCGGCGUUACUGGAGAAGUUGAAAAAUCCGAGCUUACGGAGGUUCUCACAGAUGAAGUUGUGUGGCAAGAAGACGUUAUAGAGGAGACUAUAGAGAUUUGCGAGGAAAUGGAGGUCGGAGAAGACGGUAUACCUGAGAGCUACUCAAUUUCUCAAGAGGACGGCAGCGUGCUGUUAGAGGAAGUGCUGCUCGUCAACAACCGUGACUUUGAGGGAGAAGGAGUUGUGGAAGUCACUGUAAUUCAAAACGAGGAUGGAACCGAGUCAAUGGUCGUUGCCCGAGAUGGACACAACGUCGUAGAUGCUGAAAAAAUCCCAUGCCGCGAGCUCGUCAACAGCCUUGCCCUAUCUAGACAAUUGAAAACCGUUAAGUCACCCAACAUUACAAAAGUCGAAACUACCGAGGAAACAAUGCCAGCAGACGAUUCUCAGGAAUUUGUGGACAUCGAAAGAGGGUUGGGAAAUAUCAGUGUCGCUGAAACCGAACCUCAUACCAAAGAAGACUCGUCUAGUCAUUCCCCCAAAAGUAUGGAGGUUGCCGAAGCAAUUGGAAAUUCAAUGAGCUCUCAAAGCAGGCCGGACAUCGGCGGUGACGCUGCCGCUACUUUUAGACAAGUGCAAAAUAUUUUGUCGAGAUCUCGUCGUUUCAAUAGUGAUACAAAAAAAUUGGUUGCGGAUUCUGUCCCAAUUAUAGGUAAAAAAUCCAGCAGAAGUUCAAAAAGUUCUACUGAAACUCGUGGCCCUGUCACUAACAGUGUUUGUGUCGAAGCAGAGGUAGAUGUUUCGGUGGAUUCUUCCAAGUUGAAGGAUAAAAAUGUUAAUAGUUCCAGUGUGCAGUCUGAAAUCAAUAGCGAAUCUGUGUUGGAUCCUGAAAUCCUUGUCGACAAUCUCAAAAGCAUUUCAGUUAAAGAAGAUAAAUUAUUAGCCGAAAAAAUGAUUAAUUUGAGGUGCGAAAAAAAUGAACAAAAAUCUCAAGCGACUGCUGAGGAUAUAAUUACCCAAGCAGAAUCAAAGAAUAAAAUAGAGAUAGAUUCUUCGUGCGCCAUCACUAGUGUUAAAAAUUGCAAAGAUGGUUCUUCUCAGGGGAAAGAAGAUGCCGCAGAAGAUACACAAAACAACGACGAAUCUUCAGGUGAUAGUGAAGUUGACACCAAGGCCGAUACAGAGGAUAUCAAGCUCUCGAGUAGCAGCGACAACAGCAACGAUACUUUGCUCUCCGGCAAUGGAUAUAAGCUACCAGAGUUCACAGAUAUGAAAAACAUUCCAAACCAACAGAUCGAGACGGAGAAAAAGCCUGGAUUCAGAAGUCGAAGCGGAAGUACGGACACAACUGGCUCAGAAAGUGGUUCAAAUAGUUCAGGAGUCAGACGGAGCAGCCGAAUUAGAUCUAUAGGACUAAUGAAACAGAGAUCGCGGGGACGCGGCCUCGUCACUAAACCCAAUCUGGAUUUGUCGAGGACGAUAUUUCAGCAGGACAGAGAAAAAUUAGGCGUAAAUCUGGGCGCAGCUUUUUCCCAGGAUUCCAAGGACAAUUCGGACAACCAGUCCGAGACGCAAUCGGACAAAGAAAGUAGUAGCUACAAAAUUCCCGGGUUCUCAGACUCCCCAGCACCUUUGGCAGCUCUCGCCGGCGUUGCGGACUACGAAUCCGACACCUCGAAACCUGUGAAAGUGAAAUCUCGCUGGAGGAGGUCGAGCGAACUCGAAAUGGGAGGAAGCAACUCCACCAAAAUCCAAACGGCAUGGUCCGAGAGCGAAGCGAGUGCUGAAAACAUUUCUCAGGUCACUGCAAGUCCCUCGGCAUAUUUAGCAAAUAAUGUCGUCAACAAACUUCCUGGUGGAAAAAUUACCCUGCCUACUGUGCCGGAACUGAAAGAUAAAGAGAUCGAGGAAAGACUUAGCCAGUUCGAGCACCUCAGAGAAAACUUGUAUCUUACAGAACGGUAUACCAAUAAGGAAACAAAGCGUAUGGUUUGCGAUUGUUUUUUGACGGAGGAGGAAAUAGCCAGGGGUGAAUUAGGCUGUGGCGAAGACUGCUUGAAUCGACUUCUGAUGAUUGAAUGUGGCCCGAGAUGCGUCGUAGGCGAGCGUUGCACGAACAAAAGAUUCCAAAAUUGUGAUUACGCAAAAUGCGAGGUAUUUCGUACAGACAAAAAAGGUUUGGGACUGCGGGCUGUCAUAGAUCUCCAGUGUGGGGAGUUCCUCAUGGAGUAUGUCGGAGAAGUUGUAGAUCCGAAGGACUUUCGUCGUCGGGCCAAGGAGUAUUCGAAGGAUAAGAAUAGGCACUAUUAUUUCAUGGCUCUUAAGUCCGAUCAGAUUAUCGACGCGACCGGCAAAGGGAAUAUAUCACGGUUUAUAAACCACAGCUGUGAUCCAAAUUCUGAAACGCAAAAGUGGACGGUCAACGGGGAAUUGCGCAUUGGAUUUUUCAACAAACAAUUCAUUGCUGCCGGAGAAGAAAUUACGUUCGAUUACCAUUUUCAGCGAUAUGGAAAAGAGGCGCAGAAAUGCUUCUGCGAGUCCGAAAAUUGUCGAGGAUGGAUCGGAGAAACGCCAGAAGAGGAGAAAGCAAAGACUGAGAAGAAGGAGAAGCAAGAGAAGGACGUCAAGAGGAAGAAGGAGGAGAAAAAGGUUCACGAUUACAUGGAGGACGAGGAUCUGGAGGAAGAAAUCGAAAAACUUUGUUCGGGUGGUCUGAAGAACCGAGCGCAUACCUUGACGCUCAGUAGAUUGAUGGUGCGCAGCAGGGAGCUCGAGCAUCGAACCCGUCUGCUUCGUUUGAUUCAAAGCGGCGAGCAGCCCUGCCGCCGACUUUUCCUGGACUACCACGGCCUGCGUUUAAUAUGGAGUUACAUGAUGGACAUUGCCGCCAGCACGUCGUCCGAGGCCCAGAAUUUCAGACUAGAAAUUUUAAAGACCCUGAACACGCUGCCGAUACCCAAUAAAACUAUGCUGAUGGACAGCAAGGUCUUCGGAGUGGUCGAAAAAUGGGCCAAGCAAGUCUACUCCUCCCCGACGAACGGCUCGCCCGAUGAGGAGCAAACGAAGCCCAAAAUCAGCGGGGAAGAACCAGACAGCAGCUGCGACGUAGAUACUAAUGAAAUCGGGCCCAGUGCCGGCGCCACCGAAGAUGCGAACGAAAAGAUUUCAAAAGAUUCAGAGACUCCGGCCCAGGUGAAAUCCGAAGGGGACGAAGAGUCCGUCGGAAAUGGCGGAUCCGGGGUAGAGGAGCAAGCAAUAUUCACGGAAUUGGCGUCCAGCCUUCUUUGCGACUGGUCGAAUCUGAAGGAAGUCUUUCGUAUACCUAAGAAGGAGAGGAUCGAACAGAUGAAGGAGCACGAACGGGAAGCAGAUCGCGGGUACAAGGAGGACCUCGAGAAGGAGGACAGGAGGGACAAGUCGUACGACAGGUCCUACAGAUCCGACAGAUACAGCAGAGGCGACACCGACAAACGUUCGGAUCGCAGACGUGGUCGUGAUUCGCCUGAGUUCGAGUACACCCGGAGCAAAGACAAGAGGGUAGAAGAGCGCGUGAACCUCGUGCCGAUACCGAGGAUGUCCAAGUUCGAACGGAGACAAUUGUUCGCGUUGAAAGUAGCCAAAGAAGAGGAGGAGAGGCAGCGUCGACAGCAGCAAGAGACCUGGCAGGAACACGAGGCUCGCUGUCUCGCCCUUGGAAUGGAUCCCCACACCACAGCUGCCCUCGAUCCGCAGACUGGUUAUCCCCUUUUCUUCGACCGGUCCCUCGGCCAGUGGCGACAUUAUCCUUCGAUCCAAGAGUCGGCGGAGAUGACGACAAAUUGUCCAGUUUACAUAGGAACUGCCCAGCCCUUGGCGGGUCACCCGCAGCCUGUGAUAUUGCCCCCGAACUCUCAUAUGAUACCUGCAGGUCUACCGGCACCUCAGGUUUUCACGCAGACUCAGCAGUCUCAGUUCGCCCAAAUGAGCACCGCGUAUCCCCAGAUAAUUACCCACCACCACGACCAGCAGCAAUUCGCUGAAGGGCAAAUUCAAAUAUCCGGUAACCUGAUACCCAUACAAAACGGUACACCUCAAGUGAUUCACGAACUCCCGACUAUCUAUAACGAACAAAAAUCCGCGGAAGAAAUUCCGGAUAAUCUCACCGCGCUUCCACCGCCUUUGGACCUACCCCCGAGGUGGAAAUCCGCCAAGGAUUCUAGGGGAAGGACCUACUACUACAACAUUACCGACAGAAUUUCUCAAUGGCUACCACCGCCUCCGGACCAUUACGCCGCCCAGCCUGAGACUUCCUCCAGUUCUGAAUCCAGCGAAGAGAGCAGCUCCUCCGAAGAGGACGACGAAGAUGUCGACGACGACGAAGUGGAGGGGGACGAAGAUCUCGCGGUAGAUGAGGCCAACUGUGCGAUGGAGGUCGAUCACGUCGUAGGCGACGCUUCGUUGAUCGAUUCCAAGGGAAAUGUGAUGGAAAAUCCCGAGGCUGGUGCAGCAGCUGUUGACGAUAUUCCGAUCGUGGUUCCAGAGACGAAAAAGAGAAGGGACGGUCUGGUGCAGGAGAGGAUAAUAAGCCCACGUAGAGAGGAGGAGAGGGUGGAUCACAAAAAGUACAAGGAAACGAAAGACAAGCUCAGACGGCAGAAGGAAAAGGCGAAGCUCAAAGAGCACACCGAUAAAUUGAAAAAGCAUAGACGGAGCGGUAAAUCCAAAUCGCAUUCGAGACACACACUGAGUAAAUUACAGGCGAUAACAGCUGACCCUUCCACGUCGCUUGAAAGAAAGAUAAAGGACACCUUCAGAGUGAACAUGGCGAAUGUAAUGGUCCACUUUUUGAAUCCGUACAGAAAAAAUGAUUGCAAACAAGGGAGAAUCACCAAUACCGAGGACUUCAAACAUCUCGCCAGAAAGCUGACCCAUUUUGUCCUGGCAAAAGAAUUGAAGCAUUGUAAAAGCGUGGACGAACUACAAUGCAACGAAAAUGUUAAACACAAAGCAAAGGACUUUGUUAGAAAAUAUAUGAACAAGUUUGGCGCAGUUUACCAAAAAGGAUCGGAUGAAGAUUAACAUUAGAUUAAAGUGUAACGCGCUCUUUUGUGAUUUAUUAUGAAAAAUUUUAUUAUCAUUAUUAUUCUUAUUAUUAUUAUUAUUAUUAUUACGAUCAUCGUUGUUGUCAUUGCCCUCAAUUGCAUCCGCUGCGAUCGGGUAUAGCAUAUAGGUAUGCAUACAAUCAAGUAAACUUCGAUUUCUUAGCGGAAAAGAAUUGUAAUUAUAAUUAUCAUAAUUAAAAUAAUUAAUAUAAAUUUGUAUAAAACAAAACAGAAGAAAAUGAAAUUCGUGACUGCUUAAACGAGAUAAGUGAAGUAAAAAAAGGCUCGAAAGGUUUUAAUUAUUGUUGAUAAUAGAAAUGCGAAUAUCAAUUUUUUUAGUACUGUUACUAUAUCACAGCAUUUCGUUGAAAUAUUUAGGUACACAAUUAUGCCAAACAAUGAAUUAGUGAUGAAUUAAAAUUAAUCACGAAAACGGAAUGACGAAAUUUUCGAGAAAUAAUUAAUUCGUUUGUAUUCUCAAUAGUUCUGUCGUGACUGUCUGUUAUCCGUUGUCGGUGCAAUCUGUUUUGCGUUUCGAGUAUUCGUGAACGAAGGAAGUAAAACAAAAAAACUAUACAAAAUAGAACUCGAAAUAAAGAACGUUGUGAAACAAACUA